AUGCAUGCUAUAUUGGAGUACUGGCGGAAAUGGGCAUUAAUGGCGUUUUGUUUCUGUUUGCGUUCUGCAUUGUUGGCGUUCAGUGCUUUCUUCAUGAUCUCAUAUAAUAAUAAUACCAUAAUGAUGAAUGAUGAACUCGUGUUCAGAGACAAUCGCUUUGUUUUUGGGCAGAUGACACUACGUCACAGUCCCGUGAUCUCUCCUCUUCUGAAGCCCGAAGAAUACAUUAUUAUUAUUCCCUUCGUCUAUCCGUCGAAUUGUAUCGCUUUUCAACUAUCUCAUACCCUGACAUUGCUACAUUAUUAUAUGAUACUCUCAUUCGCUGCAUCGGAGAUCUGGCAUUAG